AUCCGAAGCUCAGAAGCAUACAACCCCAACUUGGGCGGUAGUCGGUAGACGACGCGGAAGGAGCGGAGGCGACCAGGCGACGGUGGCGACACAGCGGCACACACGUCGGCUGGCGGCCGCAGAACAAAAAAAGGAGCACGCUAAGAUGCGGUAGUAGUAAGCGAGGCUCUCUUGUGUCUGCAUGCCGAUAACCGCUAAGCUCUUCUACUACCAGCGCCGCCGCCCGCCGCCGCCACCGAUUCCGGAGACCGCCGAGCCCCGCUGCAUCGACUCCUCCGCCGCCCGCCGCCGGGUUCACCCCAUUCGCUCCGCGCACCACAGGCCGGGCUAUGAUGUUUUUGGAGGAAGCCCGAGAGAGCGAGGGGCGUCUAGCGGAAGCAUAACCGAACCAACAAGGAACGUGCUCUUCAGCACAAGACAAAGCAGCAACACAUCAAAUGACCGACUUCCUGAUGCGGUUCAACAGGCCAAGGAGAGGCUUCAUCAAAGGCUCCGAAGUGUCGACCUGUUUCCAGGGAGAAGGCUAACAGCACCAGCUGUAGGAACCAUUUGGGCUGGACCUGAUCUUCCUUCUGAAUGUGAUACCUGCUCAUCAGAGGACGGCGGAUUGGUUAACCGGACUAUUCGCUUCAACUCCAACGCCUCCCUGUCAGGCCACAAAGAUAAACAGGUCACAGCAGAGACGUUUAGCAACGCGGCGGUGGUAGCGCCACAUGAUCUGAGGCCUGUCUCCAAACUAGGACAAGAAGCUCUCCAAGGAACAAUCGACAGUGACGACGACGUGGAGUCCUCAGUGGACUGUUCGAUAUGCCUUGAAGGAUGCCAUGGUGCAUCAGGCGGGCUGAUCCAGCUGCGCUGCAAGCACAUCUUCCAUUCGGCCUGCCUGGAGCAGUGGCUGCAGUCCCGCGCCGAUUGUCCGUACUGCAGGGCCGGCGUCGUCCUAUCCUACCACGGAAGGAGUGGCCUGGAGUAUUAGCAGGGCGUUGCGGCUUUUGUAAAAGAAGGAACACUCGAGUUGCUACUUGCUGUGUGCUUUUUGACAUGUUUGCUUCAGGAUCAAGUUUUGCUGCAGAAGGCUUGAAACAGAGGUGCAUGUCUGUAACUCGAUUCUGCAGCCCUCUGUGCACUUAGUUUUGCUCUUUUUA